AUGCAUGAGGCUGAUGUUCCUCUGCGUCGCAGACCUACUGCUUCAGCACGUAGGCAACGGGUUCGUCUGCGUGAGGACGUCACAGAGAGACCUGAGGAUGUGCCUCAGUUGCAUGAGGAUGUUCCUCAUGUGUCUGAUGCCACCCCAGAGAUGACAGGCGCCGCCGAUGCUGUUCAGACAGAGGGAGUGGCUACUGAUGGGAGCUUGGGGUCACUUGCUGCAGAUGAGGGUUUCCCCGGUGGACCACGCGACCCAUCGAUUUUGACCGAUUUUGCUAAACAUGUCGCACACAGCAUCUGGAGUGGACAGGAACGACCCGAUCUGAAGUUGGUCUCCCACGGUAGAAAAGUAGAUAAAAUUGGGAGACCAGCGCUUGAGAUCGAAGGGUUGAUUGCUAGCACCGGAUUGAGUCCACUGAUCAGGUGUUCUGUUAUCACCACUGAUCCUGGAUUCAUAUCCGCCUUCGUCGACAGGUGGCAUCGCGAGACUAGCAUGUUCCACCUGCAAUUAAGCGAGUUGACGAUCACGUUGGAUGAUGUGGUGUCACUCCUACACCUUCCCAUCACUGGCGCACUGCAUAUGUUCGAGCCGCUUGUUACUUCAGAUGCGAUUGGUCUACUGACGAAGCUUCUUGAGCUCAGUCAUGAGGAGGCUACAUUUGAGACCCGACAGGCUGGUGGGCCUCAUGUCCGGUUGGGGUGA